GUAAUACUCAUUUGGAAUUUUGUUCCGUCGCUGUAUAGUCGUAUAAUUGUUUCAUAUUGCAUUCUUCUUGUGAGGGUAACAAUUUCAGCUGUUCAUUAUGGCUCGGAAAGCAGCCCUUCCCAUCCUCAUGCUUGUGUUGACUGUGGUCUCAUGCAUCUUUGGUGCCCCAGCAAAACAAGAUGUACCUCCUCAAGCAAAGAGUGUUCAAGAUGUACCAUCUCAUAUCACAAAGGGAGAUGUGCUGUUGCUCAAAGAAAAGCUGGAGGAACUAGAAGCAGACUUAGACCAGCUCGAACCCCAGGUUCCUGUAGAAACGACAGGCGACGACGAUGAAGACGAGGCUGACAUUGAACCAGUCGAUGAAACUGACGAAGAGGAGGAGAUCGCACGACCACCGGUUGAGAAGGUGCCAGACAUUCCAACACCAGUCGAACAACAGCUACCCGAGAGUGUACCCGCCAAACACGAAAUGGAAUCCGAUCUCGUCGUCGAACAUCCGGAGGAGGCGAAGGAUGAGGGGUUAGUGGGAGAAGGAGGCGCGCAAGAUGACGGCGUAGAAGCUGAUGGCGAGUGGGGAGAAGAAGAGGCGGUGCAUGAAGGCAUCAUGCCGUAUCGCGACCCUGUAGAUGAUGACCUGUAUCUGAGGAAACUUAUUGUUCAGGCUUUGACCGUUCUUUAUCGGAAGGAUGCUGAUCGAAUCGAUACGAUGCUACAGGGAUACGAGAACCAACUGCUAGAGGAUGACGUCUUUUCAGAAAAUAUCGCCCCUGCACCUCAAGAUCUGAGACCAAAUCCGGGAAUGGGAGGACAGAAAAUGGAAGCUAGUGUCUUUGCAGAACGACCUUUCACUAACGAAGAACUUCACCAAGAAGAAGUUUUACAAGCUAUGGCGGCAAAGAAAAAACAAGACAUAAACACCGCCGAACAUGCUCUGCUUUUUGAUAUGCAAACAUUCGAAGGUGAGGGAAUAACUCUGGAUGACCUCCUCAAAGAUCUCGAGGACAAGAAGAAGAAUCCCCAAAGUCAAGUACCUCUUAUGGAACCACGAAAUGCAAUAAAUGAAACUGACGAGGAAGAAGAGGCAAUGUUUGGAGAGUACAAAGAGGACGUCGGAGGCGUAAACGACGUCGACAAGGAAGAAGAAGACCUAGCACUCUCCCUUCAGGAGCUGCAGAAGACCAGCAAUGAAGGGGUCAAUGAUGUGGAACAUGAAGUCGACGAUGAUGAGGAGGAGGAUGCCGAUGAUUUGCUGAUGGAGCUCAUGUUGAACCUGAACACUUCACUGAAGAAACUCGAAGAGCAUAAAGCCGCAUUGCCCAAAUAAAAACUUGAUUUGUAAAAUAUUGAAGGAUUCCCAAGCUUAUUAAAGCUUUAGAAUUCCUUAUGACUGUUUCUUUAAGAUGAAAUCCAACAUUUAUAAUUUGGCAUUUUGUUUUGAAUGAAGUUGACUGGCGAAUGUUUGAACGAAACCGAACAAACGGUACCAAAGUUAUGAAUGUUUUUAAAAUUGAUAUCACUAUACAUAUGGGAACUUCUGUUUUCGAAUUUAUAAUGCAUCUGUGACGUAUUAUCGAUAACCCUCACAUUCGCUCCUAUGCACAAAAUAGCUAUCUUUACUCCAUAACAGAGCAGGAUUUCUUUUAACUGGAAGACAUUAAAAAUAACAUGCCACACUUCAUAUCCAAGAAAAAUGCCCUAUGCAAUUGUGUGUGUGUGUGU